GACAAGUAGUAAGCCAAGCCUUAUUUGUUUGCCAAAAAAUGACUAGGCCUACAUAGUCUACAUUGAAAGAACAUUAGGCCUGUUACAGGCCGUUAUAACGUCUGGAUUCUGAACAUCUAUUCUGAAGAGGAUGGAUGUGGUGGGAAGCUCAGACCACGACAACAGUCUGAAGAGGAUGGAUGAGCCGGGAAGCUCAGACCCUGACAACAGUCUGAAGAGGAUGGAUGAGGAGGGAAGCUCCGACCACGACAACAGUCUGAAGAGGAUGGAUGAGGAGGGAAGCUCCGACCACGACAACAGUCUGAAGAGGAUGUAUGCAGCGGGAAGCUCAGACCCCGACAACAGUCUGAAGAGGAUGGAUGCAGCGGGAAGCUCCGACCACGACAACAGUCUGAAGAGGAUGGAUGCAGCGGGAAGCUCAGACCCCGACAACAGUCUGAAGAGGAUGGAUGCAGCGGGAAGCUCAGACCACGACAACAGUCUGAUGAGGAUGGAUGAGGUGGGAAGCUCAGACCCUGACAACAGUCUGAUGAGGAUGGAUGAGCCAGGAAGCUCCGACCCCGACAACAGUCUGAAGAGGAUGGAUGAGGAGGGAAGCUCCGACCCCGACAACAGUCUGAUGAGGAUGGAUGAGGAGGGAAGCUCCGACCCCGACAACAGUCUGAAGAGGAUGGAUGCAGCGGGAAGCUCAGACCACGACAACAGUCUGAAGAGGAUGGAUGCAGCGGGAAGCUCAGACCACGACAACAGUCUGAAGAGGAUGGAUGAGCCAGGAAGCUCCGACACCGACAACAGUCUGAAGAGGAUGGAUGAGGAGGGAAGCUCCGACCCCGACAAUAGUCUGAAGAGGAUGGAUGAGCCAGGAAGCUCUGACCCAGACAACAGUCUGAUGAGGAUGGAUGAGGAGGGAAGCUCCGACCCUAACAACAAUCUGAAGAGGAUGGAGGAGGAGGGAAGCUCAGACCCCAACAACAAUCUGAAGAGGAUGGAUGAGGUGGGAAGCUCAGACCCUGACAACAGUCUGAUGAGGAUGGAUGAGCCAGGAAGCUCCGACCCAGACAACAGUCUGAUGAGGAUGGAUGAGGAGGGAAGCUCCGACCCCGACAACAGUCUGAAGAGGAUGGAUGAGGAGGGAAGCUCCGACCCCGACAACAGUCUGAAGAGGAUGGAUGAGGAGGGAAGCUCCGACCCCGACAACAAUCAAGGUCAUUCUCUCAUAUCAGAAUGUGACCUUUUCAGAAAUCUAAAACUGUUGGACCAGGACCAGGAAUGGAUGUCAGAUGAAGACACGGUUCUGUUCAGCAGAACCUCAGGCUCCUCUUCCCAAGCCCUGUCAUCCAUUGUCAGUCUCUGCGACCCCAUGGCUCAGUACCUGAAUGAGGAAUUCAAAGCUUUCCUUGAGAGAAGAGGGACCUACAAGGAGCUAGAGAUGAUAGUUUCCAAUGUCCUGCUGAAACUUCUCCAGGCCAGAAAAGCAGAUGGGGCCCCACUGUUUAUCAGCCCUACACCUGAUAACUCUGCCCUCCAUGAUCAGAAGACAUCAACGUUAGACAAGGAGAUUAAUGUAUCUCCAUUGAAUGUAACUGCUGCUGGUCCUUUGGAGGUUGACGCCUCUCCAUCACCCACACCUAAAUAUGUUGUGAUCUCUUUGGUCGAAGGACUUGACCUGGACCCCUCGACCAAUCAGUGCACAGGAAACACGAAAGAGAUACCAGAGGAGCAGUCGUCAACCAUUCUGAGGAUGGAGCAACAGGACUGUCUGAAUAAGAUUGCCUUUGACACCCAUGCCGAUGCAAAGGCAGAAUACAUGAACUCUAAGCUUUUCAACAAAAAGAAGCUUGGCCAGACCCCUCAUCACAGGUACACAGGCCGUCUCCCUCCAGUGAGCAGCGGCUCCCGGGGUUCGGACUCUACCACUACGACUCUGAGGGGGAUCCUCCAGGCUGCCCUGUCCAGCCUCAACAGACAGACCAGGAGGGAGAUAUACCUCUCCCAGAAACUGGGAAGGAUCGUCAUCCCUUUCUCUGGGACACGAUAGGUCGGCCCGGAAUGAAAUGUCCCGUGAAGUCAUUCUACUUAAGGACAGAUUCUGGGACAUGAAAUAAAUAGUAUCUUGAAGAACCUGCUUUUUAAUUCAUAGGUUUACAGAAAGGACUGUGUGUGUAUAUACUGUAUAAGGGCCAUAUGUUGAUCAAUUGGAGAUCACAAUUGUCUGAAGUAGGGUUUAUCUCCUUACCUUCUUUUCUUGUCUUCUCCUCUCCUUAAUAUCAUUGACCUGAAAGCACAGGGCAGGUGAAAGGAAAAUAUAAUUUGUUUUUACAUGUCCAGCUUUAUGUAGUGCAUAUGGAGGAAAGAGAAGUCAUUGAAUGAUUCGGUGGUUGGCCAAUGGGGUCCGUGUACAAUGGCCACAUAAAAAUACUCAAAUAAUAAAAAAACAUAUAAACCCAAGCAAUAUCAAGGGGUCUUUGAUGACCUACUAAAUAAAACAUGAAGAAAAAAAACAUUUGAUUUGUCACAUGCUUGGUAAACAACAGAUGCUUACUUCCGGGUCAGUUUCCAACA